AUGUCCCAACAAGUCUAUACAAAACUCGAGAGACAACAGUAAUCUUCCAUUUUAUCACAACCCAACAGAAACGGGCACCGGAGACGAAGAAAGUUUAAAUCUUCUUUUUGUGAAAAAUCAUUUUUGACAAACGGUUAAACUGAGGAUGGAGAUCAACAUGAUGACUGUUACAUACUGUUUGUUGGCCUUUGUUACACUUAUAUCUACAGUGAUUUCAAUACCCAUUGACACACAGGAAGCUACUGAUAUGCAUUUAGAAGAAAAAAGGCCGAAAUACAUGGAUACAAGAGAUCUUGACUUUUUCAAAGAAUUGGUAUACGUAUCUUUACAAAAGUUGGAAAAGGAAGGCAAAAUUAACAAAUACGUACUAGAGAAGGAAUCGAUUGAAGAAGAAACUGACAACGAAGACAACACCGGAACUGUUGACAAGAGAAACAGACAUUUACGAUUGUGUCUCCGACGAAACGGAAGCAGUUACAUUCCAUACCCAUGUUGGAGACGAGGUUAAAGUUCACUAGGACUACAGAUACUCAAGUUCUACAUAUCGGAGUAAUAUACAAUAGGGAGAAAUAGUUUCUUAUUACAUUGGAUCAGGAAUAUACAUGAUAGAUUUUUAUUUUUAAAGGAAAAAAUGUUGUUUUACAAUUAUUUUCUUUUUGCUAUUAUUUUUAACAAUUUUUCUACAUGUACAUAGUAUAAUACACAAAUGAUCACCUAAAGCAUAAGACACAGCAAUGAAUUCAAUCAGGGUUGUUUGUAUCCGAAAUAUUUUUAUAUCGUUCAUGAAUGAACACUUCAAAUAUUUGUGAAAGCACAAUGAAUAUUCUAAAUGACGUAUACGAAAAAAAUGUAACUGUCAUUAAACUUAAAGUUUUAAUAGAAUUUUGUUAUUUUUAUAGCCUAUAUGUUUGAAAAAUAAUUUUUGGUUUGUUAUCAAAUUUUCUUUAUCGUCCAAAAACAAUAAAAAAAAUUAAAGAUGUAUCCAUGGUUUGUUUCAAGACUAUAAAAAUUACUUUGUACAGCCAUGUCACUAGAGAAAGUAAAUAACAUUUAAAACUACAAAAUUCAUUGUCUAAAUAAGCUUUUACCAGGUGUAAUCUUUGUUAAAUAAUUUUAAAAAAAAGUUUUCGCACGUUUAAUGCGACAUAGAAAUGUGAUUCUAGAUAUAAUAAGUACUUGUUUUUUUGGCAUUACAACCCCAAUACAUAAAAAAAACUCGAUUUCCCUGAAGCACUAGAAUGAAAAAAAAUAAAAGAAAUUUUCUUCAAUUCGAUGUACUGACCUAGUGUUGAGCACAUUUGAAGUUAAAAGUAUGUUUUAAAAAACCUUCAUACGAAGUGAUUUAAAAGGAGAGUAAAGUUAAUAAUUUCUUCUGUAUCAAAAUUGAUUGUGGACGAAUUAUUUUACACUCCGGAUACAAUGGAACUUCAUGAAUGUAAACAAUAAAGGAGUUUACGUGUUAUAAUGUAACACUUUCAUUAAAAAAUAAGAUACAGUACAGGAAUGGAAUUUCUUAUGCCAGUAGAUGAAAAAUGAAAACUUUGAUAUGUAUUUUAUUAGAAUGUCCCGCAUUAUUUAGUCUUAUAACAAUUUCUAAAUGAUUCAACUCAAACCCAAUAAGUUGUAUUGCACGUCGACCAACUAAAAUUAAUCAACCAAACAGAGCUAAACAAGUCAUUCCAUAUUGGAAAAAAUAUGCAUUCACUAAUGUGUAUUGAAACAUAUAGUGAUGAGUAAUAUAGUUUUAUGUUAGAAUGUGAUGAUAGAAAUCAUGAAAAAACAUAUGAAUUUUUAAUAAUUGUUAUGAAUUUAUUGACGUGCAAUGUAACUUUAUACUAGUUGACUUUUGUGUAGGACUAAGCAUUGUAUGUUACGCUCGAUUGCAUGAUUUGAAUCUUGUAUAUUAUAUAUUCUAGUCAUUACGUCAUAAUAGGGAAAAAAAUGAGAAAGCAAUCUUCUAGAGAGAUUAUCAAUAGAGGUUUAAAAAAAUGAUUGUUUCUCUUGCGUAAACAUAUCAAUUUAAUACUGUAUAAUGUCUGUAUUUUCUGUGGUUUUACGACUAUGUAUCUAUUUUCAUCAUCACUAAAUGUAAAAUUUGUUUGGAAAUAAAAUCUCUCACAUAAAA